AUGGGAGAUCCGGAACCUGAGACAAAAAAGAACUGCCACCGGGUGCCUGUCAAGUAUGCCCUUCAACGGAAGGCGGGAGGUGACGAGAAGCAAGUCCUUGAGAGGUUCUCUUGUGCCACCAAUCUAAGCACCAUCUCUGGAGGGGACGACGAACUGAGGUCUCUUGCGUUGGCGCCAUCUCUUGGUUGGAUGAGGAACGAGGACCACACCGCAAGCACCAUCGCAGGUGGCAUCGGGAGCCUUGCCCAUGUGCUCAGUCGGAUCAUCGUGGACGAGUCCAAAGCACGAGAAGAUGUGCGAGAGAAAUCCCCCCUGAUUGAAAUCCCCAUCUUCCCCACCGCACCCUUCUCGGACGUGAGGAGUAAAAGGAGGAAAGCGACGAGCAGAGACAGGAGAAAAGAACGGGAAGAGAGCGAAGAUCCCAUCCCCUACGGCAACAUUUCAAAUGUUCUCGCGAUCCUAAGGGAUCAUCGUGGACGAGUCCAAAGCAAGGAGCAGGACGAGAGGAAGAGAUGUGUGAGAAAUAUUCCCAUGGAAUGGAAAUCCCCAUAUCCUCAACCCCCCUCCCUCCUUCCUUCUCCCUUCUCGGACGUGAGCAAUAAAAGGAGGAAAGCGACGAGCAGAAACUGGAGAAAAGAAAUGGAAGAAAGCGACGAUCCCAUCCCCUACGGCAAGGUGAUGCAAAAAGGAACGGUCGUGGAAGAUCGCAGACCAUUCCGACCAUUUAAAAUGUGGAUGAGACUGUUUGCCUUUGUGGCAUUAGUCACUGCUCUGACGGCUGACUCGGAUGACAAGAUGCAAGGUUCUGAUGACCAUAAUCCACUUCAAACUGAAGCCCAAUCGUAUCCAGGAAAACCAGUCCGAGAGUUGUCAAAAGCAGAUUCUCAAAACCCAGAUCUAUUAUCAGUCCUAUUCACAAAUGAACGGAUAUACAAAGCCACUCGGCCUCUGAUCCCGAUGAAUGAUUCCAUCGACACAGAAGUCGCCUCUCCGUUCCCCCUCCUUCGUCUGCCUUCCCCUGAGCCAAUUUGCGAACGAGUCCCGGACUGGGGACUGGUCGGAUCCGGAUCGUCGGCCGGCUUCCGUGUGGGACCCCUUCCUCUUGAUUUUCAGCGUCGACGACAGAUGUACCCAAACGAGAAUCUCUUCCCGAAGACGGGAGGUGACGAGAACCAAGUCCAUGAGAUGCUCUCUCGUGCCACCAAUCCAAGCACCAUCGCUGGAGGGGACGACGAACUGAGGACUAUUGCGUUGGCGCCAUUUCUUGAUUGGAUGAGGAAGUGA